AUGUACAGGGAGAUGUUGGCGAUUUCAAUUAUCAAACAUAACUACCCUUUCAGCUAUGUUGAACAUGAGGAAACAAGAAAGUUGCACAAAUUUCUACACGGUGAUGUGAAAUUCAUAACAAGAAAUACCGCAAAGGCGGAUGUCUUAAAAAUAUACGAGCGAGAGAAGAUGAUUAUUAAAGACAAGUUAGAAAAGGUAACCAGUAGGAUAUGCUUGACUUCUGAUUUAUGGAGUUCGAUCACGACAGAUGGAUUUAUGGCAUUAACAGCUCAUUAUGUUGAUGAGAACUGGAAUCUAAGGAAAAAAGUGCUAAACUUUAGAGUUAUACCCCCUCCACACAGUGGUUCCAUUUUAGCAGAGCACUUGAUCAAUUUUUUAGCAGAUUGGGGCAUCGAGAAAAAAGUUUUUACCAUCACACUAGACAAUGCAAAAUACAAUGACAUAUUAGUAGAUCGUUUGAAAGGUCAUUUGCGUUUGAAUAACGCAUUAGUGUGUGAUGGAGAUUUUACUCAUGUGCGUUGUUCAGCGCACGUGCUAAAUCUUAUCGUUCAAGCCGGAUUGAAAGCAAUUGAAGGGGCCAUUGAAAAGGUUCGAGAGUCGGUGAAAUAUGUGAGAGCAAGUGCUGCUAGGAAGUAUAAGUUUGCGGAAUGCAUACAAAUACUUUCACUACAAUGUGGGAAGCAUGUUCGUCAAGAUAUUGUAACGAGAUGGAACUCUACAUAUCUUAUGCUUGAUUGUGCAUUAGCUUAUCAACGGGCUUAUACUCGGUUAGCCUUAGUUGAUUCAGUUUUUAAAACUUCUCCGUCAGAAGAGGAAUGGGCAAGGGUGGAAAUAAUCACACGACUUUUGAAACCUUUUUAUGAAAUCACUACUUGGUUUUCUGGAAGCUCCUAUCCUACCUCGAACUUAUAUUUUCAUCACGUGUGGAGAAUUCAGUUGUAUAUUGAAGAGGAGAUGUGCAAUGCGGAUCAAGUUAUUAGUGACAUGGCGAAAGACAUGAAAGAAAAGUUUGAUAAAUAUUGGAAAAAUUAUUCCAUGAUUUUGUCUUUUGCGGUUAUUCUAGAUCCUCGGUACAAGGUUAAGCUUGUUGAAUAUUGUUUUUCAAAGCUUAACAUGACAUUUGAAGAGCGUGAAAUGAAAUUGAAGUGUAUUGUGGAUGGUAUGCAUAAGCUAUAUGAUACAGAGUAUAAUAUUCAAUCGAAGACAAUGCAUGAUUCUUUAAUACCCGAGAGUUCAAAUGUUGGUGGCAAUACGCUCGAUGAAAUGGAUGGGUUCGAUACAUUUCAAAGCCAAUUCAAAGUUGCUGAUAAUGAAAAGUCACAGUUGACAUUGAAAAUCAAGUAA